AGUUUAUUGUUAUAAUGUGGUCCCAGCCUCCAGGAGGAGACGGAGGCCCACCACAUUACAACGGUAAAGGAGGAGGGCCCCCGCCGCCUUGGUCUCCUCCUCCUCAAGGGGGGACCGAUUCGGCAACAGCAGCAGCAUUGAAUCAAUUCCGCAACUUGCAACAGGCCCCCCAGCCGCCCCCACCAGCGGCCUUUGCAGCCAUGAUGGCCAUGGGCAAGGGGUUCUUCGGCAAGGGCAAGGGUUGGUCAGGGAAGGGCAAGGGGUACGGCAAGGGCUUCCCACCACCACCACCCUCGGGUCAUCCCCCACAGCACAUCCCUGGGGGCCGUGACACGAAGCCCCACAUGGCCCCGGACCAUGGUCUUCAGGGCAACUCGGGGCCAUAUGAUAGAGUCCCUCAGCAGCCCGACCCUAAUGCAAGUGUCUUCCACUAUCAAAACAAGGGCGGUGGCUCUCAUUACGAUAAGCAUAUGGGCGGCCCCAACAAAAUGGCCCAGCCCCAUGUCCUCCAGGCCAACCUGCAGCAUCAAGCGGCAACCACUGGUGGGUAUGGUGGAGAGGGUGGGACGAUCAGCGGGCCCACACAUGUUGGCUCGUCGAUCCAACAAGAGAAUCUACAAAUGAUCGGCCUCCAGCGGACGAAAGAGCUCCGACCAGGGACGGAGCUCCGACUGGUAUUGGCCCCGUUGCCAAGUACCGACCCAGGUGCCACUAAGGAGGGCGCUGUGGUACUGAAGGCCCAUUCCAAGGUGCCGGACACUUUCGCGAGUGCUGAGAUCUUCGGCAAGGAGUUGGUCCUGGGCAACGAGUAUGUUAUCAGACCUGGUUCCCAACUAGCAGUGUACACAUGGCACGGUUGCUGUGUGGAGCUCCGAGGGUCAACAGUUCAAGAAUACGAUGCGACCAAUGCUACUAUGCCACACUACUUCAGCGUAGCCUCUAUCAUCGAGCAGAGGCGGAAGCGUGCAACAGAGCUCGGCACUGCUAUGUGUCCACCACCUAAGGUGUUGGUAUGUGGUUCCUCGGCCAGUGGGAAAUCCACUCUUGCGUAUAUGCUGGCGAAUUUCGCACUACGGAAACACCGACGGCCGAUUUUCGUGGAGUUGGACCCUCGAUGCACUGGCAGUUUCCGAGAGCUGCCUCAUCUGCCGGGCACCAUGAAUGCUACUAUAUUGGAUAGUAGUUGCUAUGAGUUCGAUACGGAGCCCACCGCCACGUACAAAAUCAGCCAACCACCGAAAGAUUUGAACUCAUUCGAAGCGGUUCAGUCGGGCGGAACGAUGGAUCAGUUGUCUAAUAGACUGGGGAGGAGCUUAUGGUACUUCUAUGGCUAUAAGCAUUGGACGGAUAAUCCGCAAGUGUAUAUCUGGUGGUGCAAGGUGUUGGCGGAAACCGUGAAGGCUCGUCUUAAGCACGCUGCGGUACAGCCUAGUACUGGUUCGGGUAUAGAGAAAAUGAGUGGCGGCCCUAAGAACAUAGCCCGUUCUGGUUUGAUAAUCAACGCACCGGCUGAGCCUUCGACCGAAUUGCUGAAGACUAUCAUCUCGGCAUUCGAGGUUGACAUUGUAUUGGUGCUAGAUGAUAAUGAGUUGUACCAGGACCUGGCCUCACACUAUGGUGACGAUGCUGCUGGUGAUGCUGCCCGAUUGCGGUCUAGCUCGACGAAGUUAGCGAAUGACCCUGUGGCUAAUAUGAUCUACUUGGACGGGCUGGAAGCACCGGACCAGGAGGCCAACAAGGAGCCCAAGGUUGAGGUUGUGUCCUUGCCCAAGUCCGGCGGUGUGGUACCAACUGAUGCUGCUAGAAUGCAAUGGCUUAAUACUAAUAGGGUUCGGGAUUACUUCUUCGGUGCAAUGCGUGAAUUGAAUCCUCACAAUGUUACUGUUCCUUUGAGGACUGUUACGUUGUGUAAGCUCACGCAGGCCACUCCACCUGCUGUUGAAGUGUGGAAGGGCGAUCCGGCAGAAUUGAAAGACUCCUUGUUGGCAGUGAUAGUCGCGCCCAAGCUGGAGGAUGUGUUCAUUGGUAACAUGGCUGGCCUCGUGUGGGUACGAUCAGUAACCUACGGUGAUGCUGGUCUGAUGCUUGGUGGUGGAGAUAAGAAUACUAGUAACGCUGUGUUGCAGCUGUUGUGUCCAGCACCGGGACCACUCAUUUCCAACUACUUACUCGUUGGUGAUGUUAACGGACUUAAGUACUUCGAAGGAACGUGAUCUUGUGGAAGAGGCGUAUGU